UAAUGGUAUUUUUAUUUUAUUUUUUAAUUUAAUUAAGGGUCGGGGAUACGCAGGUGCUCACAGUAAUAUUUAUCAAUCCAAGCAAUUUAAUGAGUAGACGUGUCAUUGAUGAUGUUAGUCAUUUUGAUUAUUUUACACAGAUUAUUUGAAAGGUUUCACACUGUUCGUUGUAAGUGCCUACUCCCACACCUUGACCUGCUCAGGUAACCUAGCUCUGGGGGAAGAUUAGGCGAGCCGAUCCUUAUUUAAUGGCCAAUUAGUUGUGUGUUUAUUAGCUAUAAGAUGUGUUGCACGCUUUAAAAAGGUUACUGGAGAGUUCACGUGGGUAAAAGGGUCCUACCUGAGUGUUGCUGGGUUCUAUAUAAAACUUUAUAAUACCUCUUUGGAGAUAAAUCUCGUCGAGAUACACAUGACAGGUUUGGGAAUCGAUUCUUCUGAUUCACUGUAGAAGAUUCGGUUAAAAAAAAGAGACAGAGGGAUAGAGAGAGAACCGAUUCUUCUCACCGCGCACAUACAAGCACACUCACGAGACUGAGAGAGAGAGAGAGAGAGAGAGAGAGAGAGAGAGAGAGACGCAGAGGCAGCGUAUUCAGCAGCGUGGAGGUCACGGGGAGGAAAAACAGAGCGAGGUCUGCGGACUCCUUAAAUAAACGGAAGAGAGGGAGAAAAGGAUGCUUUAAUCAGCACGCGCACUGAGGAGGACGGACAGACAGGCACAGAGAGAGAGAGAGAGAGAGAGAGAGAGAGAGAGAGAGAAUGAUGGCCGGUUUUCGGUGAGCGCGCGCUGAUGUUCACACCAUGGAGAAACGGUCUCUCGUGACGGCGGCGAGCUUUUGCAUGAGCGUCCUCGCGCUCGUGCUGCUCGUCACCGCCAUCUUCACGGACCACUGGUACGAAACGGACACGCGCAGGCACAAACGGAACUGCGACCGGUACGGAGCCGAGUCUAAUGACCAGAAAAACCGGGAGAUGCCCAUCUAUCACCUGCCGCUGGUGGACAGUACCGGGAGCGGAGGCGGGGGCGGAACCGGGGGCUCGCGCCGGAACAGCGUGGCUCUCAUGAAACCGAUUCACGUCGGGAGUCGCGAGGAGGAGCUGCUGGAGAACUGGAGGGCGAUUCUGGGCAUGGGCAUCCUGGAGACCGAGUGCGGCCGCCCGCUCUUCCCCACGCACUCCGGGCUGUGGCGGAAAUGCUACUUCCGGGGCGUGGACCCAGACAUCGACCGGCUCAUUUCAAAGGGUAUUGCAGAUCGCUGCACUGCAGUUAAAUAUCAUUUCUCUCAGCCGAUUCGACUCAGGAACAUUCCCCUGAACCUGACCAGAACCAUCCAGCAGGACGAGUGGCACCUCUUACAUCUUAGAAGAAUAACGGCGGGCUUUAUGGGAAUGGCUGCUGCUGUGUUGCUCUGUGGCUCCGUCGUCUCUGCAGUCGGAUUUUUCUGGGAGGAGAAGCUCACGCAGCAUGUAUCAGGACUACUGUUCCUAAUGUCAGGGAUCUUCUGCACCAUCUCCUUGUGCACCUACGCCUCUAGCGUGACCUAUGACCUCUCCCGAAACCCCCCCUUUAUCUACGGUCUCCCGGGCGACGUGGAUCAUGGAUUUGGUUGGUCGGUGUUGUGUGGGUGGGCGUGCCUUGGGCUGACGGCGGCAUGCGGCUGUAUCAGUACCGCCUCUCCCUUCAUCACGCGCCACAAAAACACACACACCUCUGCCGUGUGAGAGCUCUCUACAGUUACUGAUGGACUCAACACCUCUCUCUCACACACACAUACCCACACACACACACACACACAAAAAAAAAUAUAUUACACCAUAUUUUUUGGACUAGACGUCACUCUGGGGUGUAAGACCUCACUGCUAUCCCACACCCCAACCCUUUCAGUAGGGAGGUGGAGCUUCAUUGUAUCCAGCCAAUCACAGACUUGAUCAUGUGACGCCACCAUUGUUCACUUCUUCAGCUGUUAUAAAUACUGCUUUAAUUAUACAGCAUUAUAGUUCAACACUACACUGUAUGUGUGUAUAUAUAGGUUGUUGAUUGUGAAACAUGAUCAGUCGUUUCCUGAUUAAACCCCGCCCCCAUCAUCCCAACCACCCACCUACGCGCGCACAAACACACACACACACACACACACACACACGCACACACGCACGUGUAUGUGUAAGGACUAUUCCAUGAACAUAGUGACGAUGGUGAUGAUGAUGGUGGUGGUGGUGGUAGUUACAGAAGUGUGUGUUUGUAUUAAUAUUGUUUGUAUUAAUAUAAUGUCACGGAACCUGAACACAGUGUUACUGAGGAGUUCAUAAUCUGCACUAAUUACAGCUCGUUGGUGACAUUAAGGAUGAAAUGAUGAGAUGAACACACGGAAUACAGCAAUGCUAUAAUAAUAAUAUUAAUAAUAUUUAAUAAUGAUUAUGAUGAUGAUGUUAUAGUCGUGGCUGUUAUACACUCUGUGUGUGUUCCUGAGUGUGAACUGUGAAUAAUAAAGUCCUGUACAGAUCUAAUAAAGCAGUGUGAAGACUGGUGUGUGUGAGCGAGAGAGAGCAAGAGAGAGGGAGAGUGUAUGUGAGAGAGAGAGAGAGAG